CAGAAUUAAAAAAAAAAAAAACCACCAUUGAUUAAUGUGUAUCUACUUUGCUAACAUUCAUUAGGAAUUUCUUUGUAUCUUAUAAAAUACAGUUCUAAGUCUUCUACAUUAUAUUUUUCAAAUGGCGAAAGUAGGCAAACCAUUUAAACUAACAGUUGCCGCCCUUGCAGACAUCUUUGUGGCAUUUCUGUUUAUUGUGAUUGGUGUUGGCUCUAAGGGCUGGUUCACCCUCCCAAGUAAGUUUGGUACAGAUACAUGGACAGGACUUUCUGAUACUUCUUCGGAACCAAAAGGUCAAGCUGCCUACGCUUUGUGUGUGAUCUCAACGCUGGCUGCGUCCACAGCGCUGACCGCAAUAGCCAUAGAUCUAAUAACACAGCUGUUGAAGAAAAAGUCCGAAAAACUCGCCAAGAUCAUCACUUUAGUCACGCUUAUAGCGGCCAUUGUUGGGGGAAAUUUUGGCAUCAUUGGCUCGAUCAUUCAUGCAGCAUGGUUAGGAGCGUUCUAUUCUGACUCGACCAUCUCAUAUACCCCAGGUGUUUCUUACUAUCUGACAGUGAUCGGCUCUCUGGCGCUCAUCAUAGGUGGAGGACUAGCUCGUAGAGCCAGGAAUGGAACCAGAAUAGGCGAGAAUAGCCAGGAAAUCGACAAUGAAAAUUAAUAUGCUUCUUUUGUCUAGCUCAAUAUUUUUUUGCAGUGUUGGAGAUUUUGUUAUAUUUAUUUAUAAGCGUUUUUACGACAAUUAUAAAUAAAAC